AUGGCGCGGCCUCAGCAGCCGUACGACGACCAGCAGUAUGGUCAGCAAACCGACUCAUACUACCAGGACGAGUACGGACAUCCCCAACAAGACGGUCAACACUAUGAUCAUCCGCAUGGGCAACAACAACAACCAGGAGCCGAUGGCUAUUAUGACGAAGGGGAAUAUUAUAAUGCCGGCCAGCACGGUGCGUAUGCAGCAGGGGAUAACGGUUACUACAAUGAUGGCCGAGGAGGAUAUGAAGAUGAAUACUAUGGUGACCAAUACUACGAUCAAAAUGCUCCUGCUGCCGGCCAGCAGCCUCAAGGCAAGGGAAAACAGCGCAGGGGCAAUGACUCAGAAGACGAUUCAGAAACCUUUAGCGACUUCACUAUGCGGUCCGAUAUGGCGAGAGCUGCAGAAAUGGACUACUACGGUCGCGGAGAUGAACGAUACGAGGGCGGGCAACAGGGGGGCCGAGGAUACCGUCCACCAUCGUCUCAGGUGUCGUACGGAGGGAAUCGGUCAUCAGGAGCGUCAACACCUGUUUAUGGCAUGGACUAUAGCAAUGCACCUGCUGCUGCGCGCUCAAAGGAACCUUACCCAGCGUGGACCUCGGAGAACCAGAUUCCUCUAUCAAAGGAAGAGAUCGAAGAGAUUUUCCUAGAUCUUACCAAAAAGUUUGGGUUUCAACGCGAUAGUAUGCGAAACAUGUACGACCAUUUAAUGGUGCUCCUCGACUCCAGGGCUUCCCGCAUGACCCCUAACCAGGCACUGCUGUCGUUGCAUGCUGAUUACAUUGGUGGUGACAAUGCCAAUUACCGAAAAUGGUACUUCGCUGCUCAGCUUGAUCUUGAUGAAGCUGUCGGUUUCGCCAACAUGAAGCUUGGCAAGACCAAUCGUAGGACCCGGAAGGCAAGAGCUGCAGCAAAAAAGUCCAAGGGCGGUGAAGCGAGUGAAGAACAAACUCUAGCUCAAAUGGAGGGAGAUAACAGUUUAGAAGCUGCCGAAUACAGAUGGAAAACCAAGAUGAACCGCAUGUCUCAGCACGAUCGUAUUCGCCAAAUCGCCUUGUAUCUGUUGUGCUGGGGUGAAGCUAACCAGGUUCGAUUCAUGCCUGAAAUGCUUUGCUUCAUUUUCAAGUGUGCCGACGACUACUUGCAAUCCCCUGAAUGUCAAGCUAGGGUAGAGGAGGUUAGGGAGGGUACCUACCUCGACGAAGUCAUUACGCCUCUUUACCAGUAUUGUCGAGACCAGGGAUACGAGAUUGUUGACGGUAAAUAUGUCCGCCGUGAGGUUGACCACAACCGUAUCAUUGGAUAUGACGACUGCAAUCAAUUGUUCUGGUAUCCCGAGGGUAUCGAGAGAAUCAUUAUGACAGACAAGUCACGACUUGUGGACGUCCCGACAAAUAUGAGGUACACAAAACUCAAGGAGGUCGACUGGAAGAAGGUCUUCUUCAAGACUUAUCUCGAAACGCGUUCCUGGUGGCACAUGGUUACCAAUUUCAAUCGUAUCUGGGUUAUCCAUAUCUCUUCUUUCUGGUUUUAUACUGCUUUCAACUCUCCGUCUAUCUAUACCCAUGGUUACAAACAACGUAUCAACCAGCAGCCUUAUGCCGCCGCGCGUUGGUCUUCCGUCGGUUUUGGUGGUACUAUUGCAGCAUUACUCAUGAUUAUGGCAACAUUGGCAGAGUGGGCUUUCGUUCCUAGGCAGUGGGCAGGUGCACAGCACUUGACAAAACGUCUUCUGUUCUUGAUUGUCGUCUUUGUUAUCAACCUUGCUCCUGGCAUAUACGUUUUUAUGAUUGACGGAAACAAAGGCGGCAAAAUUGCACAUAUUCUUGGAAUCGUCCAAUUUUUCGUCGCUAUGUUCACAUACUUUUUCUUCUCAAUCAUGCCUCUGGGAGCAUUGUUUGGAAGCUAUCUCACCAAAAACAACCGUCAAUAUGUUGCAAGUCAAACAUUCACCGCCUCAUUUCCCCGUCUUUACGGAAACGAUAUGUGGAUGUCCUAUGGACUUUGGGUUUUGAUCUUUGCAUGCAAGCUUGUGGAGUCAUACUUUUUCUUGACCUUGUCUUUCCGUGACCCUAUUCGUAUCUUGUCUGUGAUGAAGAUUUCCAACUGCAUCGGUGAUAGCAUGCUUGGAUCCGGAGAAGCUGCAAAGAUUCUGUGCACAAGACAGCCUCAGGUUUUGCUUAUUUUGAUGUAUUGCACUGAUUUGGUCUUGUUCUUUUUGGAUACAUAUCUGUGGUACAUCAUCUGGAACGCCAUCUUCUCAGUCGCUCGCUCUUUCUAUCUCGGGGUCUCUAUCUGGACACCUUGGAGAAACAUCUUUUCGCGUCUUCCCAAGCGUAUCUACUCGAAGGUUUUGGCCACCACCGACAUGGAAAUCAAGUACAAGCCUAAAGUUCUUAUCUCUCAAAUCUGGAACGCAAUCGUCAUUUCUAUGUACCGCGAGCAUCUGUUGGCCAUCGAUCACGUUCAAAAGCUUUUGUAUCAUCAGGUCCCAUCGGAACAAGAGGGCAAACGCACACUGCGCGCGCCAACUUUCUUCGUCUCUCAGGAGGAUCAUUCUUUUGAGACCGAGUUCUUCCCUAGCGGAAGUGAGGCCGAACGUCGUAUUUCUUUCUUUGCCCAAUCUCUGUCCACACCUAUCCCAGAGCCUCUCCCUGUUGACAACAUGCCGACUUUCACCGUCUUGAUCCCGCAUUACAGUGAGAAGAUCUUGUUCUCUCUUCGUGAGAUUAUCCGUGAAGACGAUCCUUUCUCGCGUGUUACCCUAUUGGAAUAUCUCAAACAGCUUCACCCUCACGAAUGGGAUUGUUUCGUCAAAGAUACCAAAAUUCUUGCUGAUGAGACCACCAACUUUACCGAGGAAGGAGGAAAGGAGAACGAGAAAGACAGCAACAAGAGCAAGAUCGAUGACCUUCCGUUCUACUGCAUUGGUUUUAAAUCUGCCGCGCCUGAAUACACCCUUCGAACUCGUAUCUGGGCUUCCCUUCGUCAUCAGACUCUGUACCGUACGAUUUCUGGUUUCAUGAACUAUAGCCGUGCUAUCAAGCUUCUUUACCGUGUCGAGAACCCUGAAGUUGUCCAAAUGUUCGGUGGAAAUACUGAUAAGCUCGAGAGGGAACUUGAACGCAUGGCCCGCCGUAAAUUCAAGAUUUGUGUCUCUAUGCAGCGUUACGCCAAAUUCAAGAAAGAAGAGAUGGAAAACACCGAGUUCUUGCUUCGCGCUUACCCCGACCUGCAGAUCGCAUAUCUUGACGAGGAACCCCCCGUUGAAGAAGGCGCCGAACCUCGCCUCUAUUCUGCUGUCAUCGAUGGUCACUGCGAAGUGAUGGAAAACGGCCUGCGCAAACCCAAAUUCCGUGUCCUCCUCUCUGGAAACCCAAUUCUUGGUGACGGAAAGUCUGACAACCAGAACCAUGCUGUUAUCUUUUUCCGUGGAGAGUACAUCCAACUUGUGGACGCCAAUCAGGACAACUAUCUGGAGGAAUGUCUUAAGAUUCGCAGUGUCCUUGCUGAAUUCGAGGAAAUGACUGUGGAUAACGUUUCACCGUACACACCCGGGCUCCCUCCUGUUAAAUUUGACCCGGUUGCUAUUCUCGGAGCUCGUGAAUACAUUUUCUCGGAAAACAUUGGUAUUCUUGGAGAUAUUGCUGCCGGAAAGGAACAGACAUUCGGUACUCUCUUUGCUCGUACUCUAGCCCAGAUUGGUGGAAAAUUGCAUUACGGACAUCCUGAUUUCUUGAACGCUGUAUUCAUGACCACUCGUGGUGGUGUUUCAAAGGCUCAGAAAGGUCUCCAUCUCAACGAGGAUAUUUACAUUGGUAUGACAGCAUUAAUCCGAGGAGGGCGCAUCAAGCACUGCGAGUAUUAUCAGUGUGGUAAGGGCCGUGAUUUGGGAUUCGGUUCUAUUCUUAACUUCACAACCAAGAUUGGAACUGGUAUGGGUGAACAAAUGCUUUCCCGAGAGUACUACUAUCUCGGUACCCAGCUUCCUAUCGAUCGUUUCUUGUCAUUCUUCUACGCCCAUCCUGGUUUCCAUAUCAACAAUUUGUUCAUUAUUCUCUCGGUGCAGCUUUUCAUGCUUGUGAUGAUCAAUCUCGGAGCACUCACGAACCAAGUUGUCAUUUGCGAUGUUACUAAGAAACCUAUCACCGAUCCUUUGACACCUACCGGCUGCAGAAACUUGGCACCAAUUCUUGAUUGGGUCGACCGCUGUAUCUUGUCUAUUUGCAUCGUUUUCUUUAUAGCUUUCGUUCCUCUCGUACUUCAAGAACUUACGGAACGUGGUUUCUGGCGCGCUGCAACUCGUCUCGGAAAGCAUUUCUGCUCUUUCUCGCCGUUUUUUGAAGUGUUUGUCUGUCAAAUUUACGCCAACUCACUUCUUCAAGAUCUUGCCUUCGGUGGUGCUAGAUACAUCGGUACCGGUCGUGGUUUUGCAACAGCUCGUAUCCCCUUUGGUGUCCUCUACUCUCGUUUUGCUGGUCCUUCGAUCUAUCUUGGUGCACGAUCUUUGCUCAUGCUUCUUUUUGCAACAGUGACAAUGUGGCGAGCUGAAUUGCUCUAUUUCUGGGCUUCUCUACUAGCUCUUUGUAUCUCGCCGUUCAUCUUCAACCCACAUCAGCUUGCAUGGGACGAUUUCUUCAUUGAUUAUCGUGAUUACCUCAGGUGGCUUUCUCGCGGCAACUCUCGUGCCAACCAUCAGUCAUGGAUUGCGUUUUGCCGUCUCUCCAGAACCCGUAUCACGGGUUACAAGCGCAAACUUCUCGGUGAUCCUUCCGAGAAGCUGUCUGGCGAUAUCCCCCGUGCUAAGUUUACCAACAUUGUCUUCAACGAGUUUGUCGGACCGCUUCUUCUUGUUGUUGUCACUUUAAUCCCGUACCUCUUCAUCAACGCACAGACCGGUGUUCGAGCAGACAGCCCGGACAACAAAAGCCUGAAGACUCCCGCCCCUACUGGCUCUAUCAUCCGUCUUGGUGUUGUCGCAUUUGCACCAGUUGCCAUCAAUGCUGGUAUUCUCGCUGCACUUUUUGGUAUGGCUUGUUGUAUGGGCCCUGUUUUCGGCAUGUGUUGUAAGAAAUUUGGCGCGGUCCUUGCUGCCAUUGCUCACGCCCUUGCUGUCAUUAUGCUCUUUGCCUUCUUUGAAGUCAUGUUGUUCCUUGAGGGAUUCAGUUUCGCCAAGGCCUCCCUCGGAAUGGUUUGCGUCGUUGCGAUCCAAAGAUGGUUUUUCAAGCUCAUUAUCUGCUUGGCCCUUACCAGGGAGUUUAAGUCCGAUCAGAGUAACUUGGCUUUCUGGAGUGGAAAGUGGUACGGACUCGGACUCCAUGCCAUAACCCAACCCGGUCGUGAGUUGUUGUGUAAGAUCACCGAACUCGGCAUGUUCUCUGCCGACUUCAUUCUUGGGCACAUUAUUCUUUUCGUUCAGUUGCCUUUGAUCAUAACCCCAUACAUUGAUGUUGCCCACUCAACCAUGUUGUUCUGGUUGCGACCUUCCCGCCAAAUUCGCCCGCCAAUUUACUCAGCUAAACAGUCCAAGCUUCGAAGAAAGAGAGUUAUCAGAUUCUCUGUUCUUUACUUCACCAUGUUUGUUGUCUUUUUGGCACUUAUCGCUGGCCCAGUUAUUGCUAAGAGCAUUCUUAUCAAGGCUACCGAAAAUUUGCGUGAUGAUGGUACGCCUGAGAUUGAAGCCGGUGCGAUCGUGAACGAACCUGCCACAAAAUUCAAGUUCUUGAUCUAG